AUGACGGAAACGAUGGCGCUGAGUGGAAACUGUAGGACUAACCCCAAAGAGCAGGCGUCAGUUCAGAACAGUUUCCCAGAUGUUGUUGAAUUAAACGUAGGGGGACAGGUUUAUUACACGCGUCACUCAACUUUGGUGAGCACCCCGAGUUCAUUACUAAGCAAGCUAUUCUCGUCCAAAAAAGAAGCGUCUAAUGACUUGGCGAGAGACCCCAAGGGCCGCUAUUUCAUUGAUAGAGACGGGUUUUUAUUCCGGUAUGUGUUGGACUACCUCCGAGACAAGCAAGUCGUCCUCCCGGACCACUUCCCGGAGAAAGGAAGGCUCAGAAAAGAGGCGGAGUACUUCCAGCUGCCCGACUUGGUGAAGCUCCUGACCCCCGAGGAUGUCAAGCACAGUCCGGACGACUACUUCCACAGCGACUAUGAAGACGGUUCCCAGGGUAGCGACCACCGGCAGUGUCCGCCGCCCUCUCUCGUUCCUGCGGAUAGAAAGAGCGGUUUCAUCACGGUGGGGUACCGGGGGUCGUGCACUAUGGGCCGUGAGAGUCAGACCGACGCCAAGUUCAGGAGGGUACCUCGGAUACUGAUAUGCGGGCGCGUGGCCCUGGCCAAAGAAGUUUUCGGGGAGACCCUGAACGAGAGCCGGGACCCGGACAGGACCCCGGAUCGGUACACCUCCCGCUUUUACCUCAAGUUCAAGCACCUGGAGAGGGCUUUUGACAUGCUGUCGGAGUGCGGUUUCCAAAUGGUGGCCUGCAACUCGUCAGUCACAGCCUCGUUUGUCAACCAGCACACAGAGGACAAGAUCUGGUCCAGCUACACAGAAUACGUCUUUUACCGUGGCCCAUCACGUUGGUCCUCCCCUUCAUGUGACUGCUGCUGCAAGAACCACAAGGGUGACGGCGAGGGUGAGAGCGGCACUUCCUUCAAUGAGCUCUCCACCUCCAGCUCUGAGAGUCAGUCAGAAGCCAGCUCUCCCCAGGGAACGGUCAUCUGUGGCCCGGUCAGCCGCCAGUCACACCCCCACACCAAUGUCCAAACUCUGGACAGGCCACUGAAAAAGGGCCCCGUCGCCAUGCUCCAGCAGUCCGAACAGCGAAGGAAGAGUGACUUGCUGCGCACGCUCACAGCAAGCUCCCGUGACACCAGCACCUGCAAGAAAAGGCCGGCAAAAGAAAAGCUGACGGUGGAGGAGGAGCUGGAAAAGUGCAUUCAAGACUUCCGCAAGAUCAAGAUCCCUGAGAGGUUCCCCGAGAGGAAGUACAUGUGGCAAGCCGACCUGCUGAGAAAGUACCGCCUCUGAGCCAGGAAAGAGGACAGAAGGAGCAGACACAUGAAGCCAAGGAUCAGUUUACAUGUUUUUUGAUCAUGACUUUUGCAACAAAAGGGAGAUAACACUUGACUCAUUUGAAUCCAGUUUCUGGGGGAAACUUCACCUUUAUGCCAGUAGGUUGAACGUCUACACAGAAGCUUGAAAGAAGCAUAAACAGACUCUUAUUGAUGUAUGUAGUAUGUAUGUGUGAGUAUGUAGUUUAGGCCUACUGUAUGUACUGUAAGUAUGUGCUGUACCUUGCUGAAUGCUUCAGAGCUUUGAAUAAUUUAUCCCAGAGGACCAAUCCAAGUGGGUGAAAGACAUCCUCUAUGAACAGAGCAACCAACCGAGGGCUUGCUAAUGGCUACACUGGGGGUUACUGAGGGUUACUGGACUGCACACAUUAUCAUCUGUCAUCAUUUCACUGAAAAACCAUCACAGGAGCCACAAAGACAAACACUGAUUCAGUAUGCGAAUGUGUUUGUGUGCCUGUGUUCUCACCCAGGUGGCCUAGAGGUCACAGAUAAAUCUGCAUCAGGACCCAUUAAUAAUUCAUACUGUCCCGACAGCGCUCUCACUAUAAAUACACCCAGAGCUCUCUGCUUCCAGGGUGGUGUAAACAGCUGGGUUGAUUACUUUACUUUAAG